CUGGAGGAGGGCGGAGAGGAAGCUACUCACAACAUACCCUCCUUACUUUCUCUCUCGCCCCUGGCUCUCCCCCACCCUCACCACCAGGGCUGGGACGGAGAGGCAGCAGAGCCGAUAGUGAAGGAGCUGGAGGAGGGCGGAGAGGAAGCUACUCACAACAUACCCUCCUUACUUUCUCUCUCGCCCCUGGCUCUCCCCCACCCUCACCACCAGGGCUUGGACGGAGAGGCAGCAGAGCCGAUAGUGAAGGAGCUGGAGGAGGGCGGAGAGGAAGCUACUAACCCCGAAAAGGAGUUCGCUGCUGCUGCUGCUCUCGUGCCUGUCAGCUCUGAUGGGGAGAGAACGCGACGUUUGAAGAGUGAGCAGCAGGAGAGGUCUGUGGCCAAUGGAGCAGAUGGAAAGGAGAGCGAGCCAAUGGCUCCAGGGGAUGGCGCCAGGGGUGAGGAGGGGAGUGAAAUAGGCAGCCCAGACGGUUUGCUGCUGCUGCUGAGGCUGUUAGAGGAGGUGGCAGAUGAGGAGUUAGCGAGUGGGGAGGAUGACGUGGCAGACCUCCUGAAGCUGCUGCACACCGCGUGCUUGCUGCGGACCAAUCGCGUGCAUCUGCUGCGCUCCCACGCGCUGCCACGUCUGCUCGACCGCGCCACGCGUGCAGCGCUGUACGCGCACGGUGUUGCCACGUCAGCACCUGGGGGCGGGGCGGCUGGGGUGGCUGCUGCUGCUGUUGCUGCUUCCCAGGCCUCGCUGGCAGGUUCGGCGGAGGUUGCAGCUGACACCUUGCUUCGGAUUGUUGACCUGCUGAUGGUGGAAGGUGGUGAGGGUAGCGGCAUGGGGGGCGAAAGCGGUGUGGGCAGUGCAACAGCAGAGAAGGAAGAAUAUAGCCAUGAUGAGAAGCAUGAAGGAUCCGGGCGGGGCGAAGAAGCAGUGAGAGUUUUCCUCGAGAAGCUUACUGCUGCAUCGCUCUCCCAGGCUGCUUCUGGGGUAGGCUUAUCUGGCCCAGGCGCGUUUACAGCAGGGGGGGCAGGGGGAGGUGGAGGGGUAGGAGGGGCAGGAGGAGGAGCGGGUGGAGGGAAGAAGAGGAAGAGGGAUUUUUCGGAGAGUGUGGCUCGGAUUUUGCCGUACAUGACGUAUGGAGAGGGCAGGGCUAUGGGGGUUCUGGUGGAUCAUUUCCGCCCGUUGCUGCUGGAUUGGGCAGGGUUUGAUCGGUUGGUGGGGGAGUUGAGAGGGGUGGGGAAGGAAGGGGAGGGGUUGGAGGUUGUGACAGAAAGAGGGGGUGGGGAGGGAGGGAGGGGGGAGAGUGCUGGAAAAGAGGAGGAAGAGGGGAAGAGAGGGGAGGAGGUGGGUAAGGAGGGGCAGGGGAGUGGUGGAGGUGGGGAGGGAGGGAGUGGGAAGGAGGAGAGUGAAGAGGAGAGUGAGGAGGAGAGGAGGAGGAAGGCGGUGCACUGGUGGCAGAUGGCGGGGCACUUUGAACGGCUGGUGGGAGCGAUCAGGCUGGAUGGCAGUGGGCUGAGGCUGCGAGCUCUCAUCCUGGAGAGGGGGAUUCCGCAAGUCUCUGCUUUUGAAUUUGAGCUGCUGAUAACUCACACCCUCCCCUCCUUUGCAACUUGCGCUUCCCCUCUCUUCCCCACCCUCUCCCGCCCCUCCCCUCCCUGUCUCCCGCUUCCCACAGCUGCUGUGCACCAUCUGCUCGCCUCAUUCCCCCCCUCUGCCCUCUCCCCCUCCUCUGACCUCUCUGACCUCCGCCCCCUCCCCGCCUGGCAACGCGUGCUUGCCCUGCCCUCACUGCCUCUCCUCCUGGGUCUGCUGCUGGGUCUGUGCCGCGGCCACCCACCCACACAACGAGUUCUGCUGGGAACGGGUGUGAGGGAUAGGGUGGAAAUGGGUGGGGAGGAGGGGCUGGAACCGGGUGGGGAAAUGGGAGUGGGCGGGGAAGUGAAGGGGGUGGAGGGGGCAGAGAAGGGGGUGUUGCCGCUGCUGCUGCUGCUGGAGGGGGUGGUGGGCUAUGAUGGGCUGGGAGCGAGGGCUGAAGCUCUUCUAGAGGUGCUGAGCGGUGGAGAGAAGUCGGGAGAGGUUGGCGAGCGAGGUGGGGGGGGAGAGCAAUUAGAGGGAGGGAAGGAGGAGGGGAGAGGAGGAGGGGAGAGGGGGGUGGAUGAGGAGAGCAUGGGGGUUAAAUCCCAGCUGGCUCCUACUGGGGCCCACCGCAUCAUGCUGACCUCAGCAAAACCGUCAGUAUCUGGGGAAGGCUCAGCCAGUGCAGGCCCCACUUCGGCAGUUGGUGCAGGCAGGUCCAGGGAUGAGGAGGAAGAGGAAGAGGAGGAGGAGGAGGAGCGAAAGGAGAAGGGAGAGGAGGGAGAGGAAGAGGAGGAGGAGGAGGAGGCUUGUGGCGCAGAUGCCUCUGCUGCUGCUGCUCUGCUCUCCACUGCUUUCCCUUUCAACGACGCACAAGGUCUGCUGCUGAGCCGCCUCAUCGCUCUGCCUCCUGCCAUGCGUGCUCUGCGCUGCAUGGUGUGCCAUGAAGGCUACCGUCUUCGCCCCAACGAGCUGAUCGGAGCUUAUACUUUCUCCAGACGCUUCUCCGACCUCUCCACUUGGAGCCUGACAUCCACGACCAGCAGGGUGGCAGUGAACUGGUCUAUCUCAACAGUCUCUCAUUUCAACACCAUCCACUUCUCCUGCCACGACCGUGCCAAGCGCGCCGAUUCUGCCCUCAAGCUGCCCAAGCGCGAGUGGGACGGCGCAGCCCUUCGCAACGGCGGCACCCUCUGCAACGCCCUAUUUCCCCUGCGGGGCCCUCAGGUUUCCCCAGCAGUGUACGCUCGCAGGUUGGAUUCCUGGUGGGAGAGCGUUGCCUCCCUGGGCCAUGUGGACGGCUCUCGAUUCCUCAUCUUACUCCGAGACCUCCGCACGCUCCUCGCGCGCUUCGUGCUCGCAGCCAGCUUCAGCACUGACUGCCACGGGGGCGGGCGCGAGAGCAAUGCGCGCUUCCUCCCCUUCCAGCUUCACAUGCUGCUGCACCUCUCCUCCUCCGCCUCGUCUUCCCAGCGACACUCCCUCGACUCCUCCCUAUCUGCCCUGCUCGACCUUGCCUCUCAGUUACAUUCCAGGCUUCCCUCUGCUCUUUCCUCCAUCUUCCCCCGUUCCUCACCUUCAUCCUGUGAUUCCCCCUCGCGACACCCCCCCUCCUCUUCCUCUCCUUCUAGAUUCUCCCCUCUCUCCUCCUCCCCGUUGCAAUCAUCCCCUCUUGCCUCCUCCCCAUUACAGUCCUCCAUCCUUCUCUCCUCCUCCCCCUCAGCCUCCACCUCCUCCCCUCGCUCCUCCUCUCCCUCCGCCUCCUCCCUCCAUCUCCCUCGCUCCUCACUCUCAACAGCAACAGUCGCAGGGGGGAUGGGCGGCAGCGUGUGCGAUGCCAUGCUGGCAACAGUGCUGACGUGGCCACUGCACAGGUGGCAGCGAUCGCGCCACCUGUUCCUGCUGCUGGCAGUGCAUGAAGCGGCACGGGCACAUGUGCCCUCCGCAUCCGCAGGGCCGUCCGAUGUUUCUCGCGUGUCUUCGACGGUGGCAGGCAAGGCCGUCGCUGCGGUGCUAGCUGCAGUUCAGGUGCUUGCGCCACUGUCCGCCGCGUUCGUCCCCCUGCUGGCGCAGCCACCCCCCGCGGAAGCCAUCCUGCUCUCCCCGGACACCAAGGUUCCGCGCAAUGCUGACGUGGCGCUCCGCCGCGCCGUGCCAGUUGUCAACGAGGCCGUCAGGAAGAUCCAGGAUGAGUUGGAGGAGAUUUCGACCCUCAUGCGCAUCCCUCAGAAGAAGCCGUACAAGACAAUGCAGGCGAACGUGAAUAAGGCGGUCAAGUUGGCAGAGGCCAAUCAAGUGGCGAUUCUGGAUGCUGUGCCUGCUGCCGACAGGGAGAGAGCAGCAGCCAUCUACAACGACCUUGUCAAUUCCAAGAGCGGCUUCCCCGGCCUCCUAGCAGCCAUAGAGGACAAGGACCCUGACCGCGUCUCCAUCCGCCUUGCCUCCUCCCUCAACGACGUGGCGAACCUGUCUCUGCUGCAGGCCACGGGCCUCCAGUUCCUCAUCCCCAACCAAUACGCCACCCUCCCACGGCUAACGGGGCGGGCAACGGUGGAGUUUGCAGUGCUCAAGGCGGAUGGCUCCUACUUCUCCCUCGAUAACGGAGCCACCUCGGCGCUCACAGGCGUGCUGCAGGUGGUGCUGGACGGUUACUCUGCUCCUCUCACAGCGGGGAACUUUGCUCAGCUGGUGUCGCGCCGGGCAUACGAUGGAGUAGCCGUCAAAGCUACAGACCUUGCAGUCCUAUCCGACGCUCGAUAUCCCUCCGCCGGCCGGGACGUGCCUCUUGAGAUCAUGCCAGCUGGCGAGUUCCAACCCAUCUACCGCACACCGCUGGACGUGCAGGACGGGGAGCUCCCAGUGCUGCCCAUGUCAGUGUUCGGAGCAAUGGUCAUGGCCCACUCCCCAGAGAGUGACUCCUUCAGCCAUCCCUCGCAGUUCUUCCUCUACAAAUACGACAAGAGACGGUCUGGGUUGGGUGGACUUGCCUUUGAUGAGGGCCAAUUCUCAGUUUUCGGGUAUGUGACAAGAGGGAGGGACGUUUUGGCACAGCUGCGCACGGGGGAUGUGAUUCAAUCAGCUCGUAUUGUGGCCGGGGCUGAUAGGCUAUCAGUCCCAAGUGUGUAA